AUGAAUGCCCACGAUCUCCGAAUGCAGGAAGCCCACGAAGGGCGGCCCAAGUCGCCUGGCAUUCCCCUUCGCAAUCCCAUCCAUCCGUCCGUCAUCGAGCACCUUGAUCCCGCCUUUGUCAAAUUAUACAAUGACCACAUCGCCAAUGGCCCUCCCACCUCGACGGAUUUGAACGUCGUCCGCCAGAACUAUUCGGCCCUAUACUCCUACGCAGCAGCUCCCGCAACCGGUGUCGGUGGGAUUGGAGAAACGCAGGUACCGGGUUGGGACAAAUAUCCAGGAGACAUCAAUGUGCGAGUUUACGUGCCUCCAGGGGAGGAGACAGGACAGCGCAAAGUAUGGCCGGUUCAUUUCAACUUCCACGGCGGGGGAUGGGCCGUAGGGGACCUUGAGACCGAUGCGCACAUCUGCCACCAUAUCUGUGCUUCGGUCCCCUGCUGUGUGAUUGACGUCGAAUAUCGAUUGAUUCCCGAAUAUCCCUUCCCCAUUGGAAUCAUGGACGGCAUGGCUGCAGUGGCACAUAUCCUUGGUAAUCACAAGACAUUCUCCAUCGAUCCCGCGAACAUGACCUUUGGUGGGGAGUCCUCCGGUGCUACCAUCGCGCUCGUCUUGAACCAUCUCUUUCGAGACGGCGGGUUGGGUGAGAAGUUGAAGGGCGUCAUCGUUGGAACUCCGACCAUCAGUGAUGUGAGGAAAUAUGCCACUCCGGACAUGAGCCCCUGGCCUAGCAUGCGAGAGGCCGAAUGGGCACCACUCCUCAACUGGGAAAAGUUGAAGUGGUUCGACACUUUCAAAUGGAUCUCCGUCUCGAACCAGCAUCCUACCAAACCCAAAGAGCAGAGAAGGGACAUCUCCUGGUUUGCGGAUGCCAUGAAUGCGCCCGACUUCAGCAAUCUGGCGCCGUUGACCUACUUGGCUACGGCCGAGGUUGACCCUCUCAGAGAUGAGGCCGAAGCAUAUGCCCAAAAGGUGGAAGCAGCCGGCAACAAAAUCAUUGUAAGGAGGUUUAGAGGAGUUCCACACCACUUCAUGCACAUGGACCGUGUGCUUCCUCAGGGCCGUGAGUACGUCCAGGACGUCAUCUCACAUAUUCGGCAGUGCUUGUAUCCUCCAUCUGCGCCAGCCGCCACCACUCCGCCAGAGACUUGA